AUGGGGCCCCCGGGCAAUAGCGGAUCAUGGGGCCCCUAUGUCCUUGCCCAAACUCAAAAAGCCUAUGAAAAAGGAUUGAGCACUCAACGCUCAAAGCUAAUGCAACACGGAGAGAAAAUGUAAGGGGGGGUUUCAACCAGACUUUGGAUGGUAUGUAAAUGCCCUACACCCAGGGGCGGACUGAUAACUCAUGUGGCCCCCGGGGAAUAGGGGAUCAUGGGGCCCCUGUGCCUUUGCCCAAACUCAAAAACGCCUAUGAAAAAGGUACCGGGGCAUCUGAUGGGCCCCCUACUGACCCCGGGCCCUCGGGCAGUGCCCGAGUUUCCAAAUGGUCAGUCUGCCCCUGCCUACACCUAUAGAA